ACUCGUCAGUGUAGAUAAACAAGAGCAUCGACACGGACGUGUUUCGUGUGCGGAAUUUUUAAACGGAUUUUAAUAGUUGUUAUUAGUCUUUUUAAACAUUGAAGAGGAAAAAUGAGUAAUAUAUACAUUCAGGAGCCUCCAACCACCGGAAAGGUGAUGAUGAAAACAUCGGUGGGCGACCUGGACCUGGAGCUGUGGACGAAGGAAGCUCCCAAAGCAUGUAGAAACUUCAUCCAGUUGUGUAUGGAGGGAUACUACAACGACACGAUAUUCCACAGACUCGUCAAGGGGUUUAUAGUCCAGGGAGGGGAUCCUACUGGCACUGGAGAAGGUGGAGAGAGCAUCUAUGGACAGCCCUUCAAGGAUGAGUUCCAUACAAGACUUCGUUUCUGUCGGCGGGGUCUCCUGGCCAUGGCGAACGCGGGGAAAGACGAUAACGGUUCCCAAUUUUUCUUUACAUUCUCAGCGACUCCAGAAUUGCAAAAUAAACACACGAUUUUUGGUAAAGUCGCUGGCGAUACAAUUUACAACAUGUUGAAGCUGGAGGAUGCCCUCGUGGACAGCAAUGAGAGGCCCCAGUACCCCCAGAAGGUGAUCAGAACGGAGGUCCUGAUUAAUCCCUUCAACGACAUCGUCCCGAGACACAUCACCACCGAUAAGGAGUCAAAGGAGACCAAAAAAGCGAAGAAAUCUGGUGUUAAGAAUUUUAAACUGCUGUCCUUCGGGACCGAGGCUGAGGAGGACGAGGAGGAGUCUGACGUCCUCAGUAAGAAGUUAAAAGGCCGGGGAAAAUCGGCGCAUGAUAACCCAGGUGACUCCAGUCUGAGUAGUGCUCCAGCUGUUGAGCCCUCUGGACCUCCAAGCAAAAAGAAAAAGGUGGAUAGGAGCAGUGAUUGGGAGAGCGAUGGGGAGGCCCAGGAUGAGGAGGAAAUCGAAAGGAGGAGGAAGGAGACUGCGGAGAUGAAACAGCGAAUUUUCGACAAAUUGAAAGAUAAAAAUUCAUCGCAAAAGAAAAAAGCGGAGCCAACGUACGCAGAUGCUUCUGACCACUCGGAUGACGAGUAUUACUUGGGGAAAGACCGUCAUGACGAGCGAAAGAAGAAAGCGGAAGAGAUUCGAAAGGAAAUCAAACAAUUUAAACGAGAAGUUCACAGUGAAAAAAAGGCGAAAGAGGAGGACGAUCGAAAGCAGAAGGAACAGUCACUCAAGAAGAUCGAGAGGAAGAAGAUCUUAAACGACUACAUCCCUGAUCAACAGAAGUACGAAGAGGCUAGAGCCAAAAUGCCAAAGAAAGAAAAAGAUCGCGAUAAAUUCGCUUUGGAGCUCCUCAACCGAUUCAAGACGAAGCUUAAUUCGAAAAAAAUGGAGUCACAGCCCACGGAAGGUUCUCCCUAUGACACACCAGAUGAUGGCGAUGAAACAGACGACUCCUGGAUGAUGCACAGACUCCAGUGCGAGGAGAAAAACCCAGUAUUAGCCAAGGACGCGAGUACAAAAGCAGAUGACUGGUUCGAGAUUUACGAUCCCAGAAAUCCCCUGAACAAGCGCCGACGGGGUGAAUCAUCAUCCGCGAGGGAUAACAACAGAAGGGAUAAGUUAAGUAAGAGAUAAGUUCAGUUAAGUUUAUUCGUUAAGUUAAUCUACAAAUUAACAAGUGAAAGGUGAUAAGUUGACUUCAUUAAUUAAAUGAAUAAUUAUUGAGUGAAUGAAAGACCAGCGAUUUUGUUGGAAAAAUGUAAAUAAAAAUGUUUAUAAUGAAAUAUAAUUUUUUGUAAAAAAAAAAUUAAUUAGGAAUUAUUGUUCUUAAGUCACUUAGAAAAUUCCAAAUGUGUACCAUGAAGUAAAAUAAUUUUGUAACAUGUUUUUCUUUACCGAUUAAAUUUCCGUAUUAAAAAUAUAUUUUGAUAUUCAAACCA